UGGCGGAAUGGCGUUGUGCUGACAGCGACAGUUCUGGAGGAGUGAGGGAGCGGGACCAGCCGGGCGCGCUGGGCGGGGCGAGGCGCGGCGCAGAGACCGGCGACCCCAUAAGGAGCGGGGAGGGGGCCAGGCACACGAUGCGAGACAACGCUGCCCUGCGGAAGGGGAGCCCGUGUUGCCCGGCGUUUUCCGGGGGGGCCGUGGUGAGCGGGGGGCCGGAGCCCGGCGAGAAGGGGCUGAUGUAUCCAGAGACGCCUAAGCUCUUGCAGGGGGUGAAGCCGGUGCUUGGGUCAGUGGAAGCCGAGACCCCCAGUGGGUCUGCCCCCGGGGCGCCCCCCGAGGUGCGCCUGUCCCUACGCCGCUGGCCCGUGGUGCUGCUGUUCAGCUGCUACUCGCUCUGCAAUGCCUUCCAGUGGAUCCAGUACGGCAGCAUCAACAACAUCUUCGUGCACUUCUACGGCGUGAGCACCUUCGCCAUCGACUGGCUCUCCAUGUGCUACAUGCUCACCUACAUCCCCCUUCUUUUCCCUGUGGCCUGGCUGCUGGACAAGAGGGGCCUGCGCCUCAUCGCCCUCGCCGGUUCAGCCUUCAACUGUCUAGGCGCCUGGGUGAAGCUGGGCAGCAUGAAGCCGCACCUCUUCCCUGUUACCGUCCUGGGGCAGGUCAUCUGCUCGGUGGCGCAGGUCUUCAUUCUGGGCAUGCCCUCGCGCAUCGCCUCCAUCUGGUUCGGGUCCCAUGAGGUCUCUACUGCCUGCUCCAUCGCUGUCUUUGGGAACCAGCUUGGAAUUGCAGUGGGCUUUGUUCUCCCUCCCGUUCUGGUUCCCAACUUGGAGGACACAGAACAGCUGGCCUACCACAUCAGCAUCAUGUUUUUCAUCAUUGCAGCCGUGGCAACGGUGCUGUUCAUCCUCGUCAUCAUUGUGUUCCGGGAGAGGCCCCCGUUUCCCCCAAGCCGGGCCCAGGCCUUGAUCCAGUUGAAGCCACCUGAGGAAUAUUCCUACGUGCAGUCCAUCCUCAGGCUGCUCCGCAAUACCAAUUUUGUCCUGCUGAUAGUCGCUUAUGGUUUGAACACUGGUUGCUUCUAUGCCCUGUCCACUCUGCUGAACCGCAUGGUGAUCCAGAACUAUCCAGGGGAAGAGGUGAAUGCUGGAAGAAUUGGACUCACCAUUGUAGUGUCUGGCAUGGCUGGAGCUCUGCUUUCUGGCAUCUGGUUGGAUAAAACCAAAACCUACAAGCAGACGACGCUGGUGGUUUACAUCAUGUCUCUGGGGGGCUUGGUGGCCUAUACCUUCACCCUGAGCCUAGGCCACCUCUGGGUGGUCUUUGUGACCGCAGGCAUGCUGGGGUUCUUCAUGACAGGGUACCUACCGCUGGGUUUUGAGUUUGCGGCAGAGUUAACAUACCCAGAGUCAGAAGGAACGUCUUCAGGCCUCCUUAAUGUAUCGGCACAGGUUUUCGGGAUCAUUUUCACCGUUGCCCAAGGGAAGAUCAUCGAUCACUUUGGGACGCAGGCGGGAAACCUCUUUCUUUGCUCCUUCCUACUCCUGGGGACUUUCAUAACUGUGUUCAUUAAGGCCGAUCUCCGGAGACAGCAGGCCAAUCUGGAUGGUGAACAGACAGACGUAAGCAGAGACGUCCACCCAGCGCUCCUGAAGCAGUCAGUGUCCAAGGCUGGCAAAAUGCAUAAAAUAAGCUCCCUGCUGGCUCGAAUUUUACCUUUUUGGAAGACAGUGCCGCCUUCCACCAGAUAAUCUCUAACGGCGCCGAUCUGGAGAGACCAGUGGCUCCAAGAUACCUCGUGGCCACCCUGCUCCGACCGUCAGCCCAGGAAGGUGUAUUUUAAAUAAAAUAUCUUUUAUAGAAAUAGCUUGGCACAAGCAUAAAACAUACUGGACAAAAUACAUAAGGGGAGUUGACCCCCAUGCAGCCCUCCAAAUGUAAUCCCGGAGCAGGGAUAAAAAACAGCCACCAAAUCCAUCCCAUGUGGGGCCCUCCAGUAUAUUCACCUGGGGGCCCCUUGUUUAACCUGUACCAUAGCAGGUAACCUCCCCUGUUUGUUGAAUCCAAUAAGCUUCCUGGGGAGAUGAGCCCCAAUGUGGCAAACAGCAUGGAUUAGGGACUGUGAAGUGUUGAGCUCCCCAGCAUAGUAAUGCACACAGGAAAGCCUGGAAAAUCACAUGCACUGUUUAGCUUGGUUGUAGAAUACAGCUGGUCGCUACAGAUACAAAAUUGUCUGAAUCACUCCUGCCCCAUGGCUUUCUGAAGCUCCCUUUGGUCACUGAAGGAGGAAAUACUGGAUUAGCAGAGACCAGGCCUCUGGGGAGAUGGAUCUUCCAGCUCUAGUGCCAAAGAUGUAUUAAUCUUGUGCCAAAUUUCAUCUGUAAGCCCACAAUGCAACUGGGCUGCAGUGAAGGGUGCUAGUGCUGUUGCCUCUUGCUCAAAAAGAAGCCGUGGCAAGAGCCUGAAAUAUCCAGUCCUUUAGGCAGCAGAUGUAAAGACUACUGAUAAGGCCCCUUUCCUUUAUUAGCCACAAGGUCUCUUUCCAAAUGAAUUGCGGGCCUGUGCUCAGGCCAGAUAAACUAAUGGAACAUUUUGUGAAAAUCUAAAAUAAAAUUAGUACUUGUGGCACCUUAGAGACUAUCAAAUCCGAUGAAGUGAGCUGUAGCCCACGAAAGCUUAUGCUCAAAUAAAUUGGUUAGUCUCUAAGGUGCCACAGGUCUUCCUGUUCUUUUUGCGAAUACAGACUCACACGGCUGCUACUCUGACACCUAAAAUAAAAUUGUGGGCCUUCAUCUGGGAGGUGUUAAAACAAAGAGAAGGAGGCACAGUUGCUAUUUCAAUAGGACUCACCCUCCCCUCCUGUGGAACUGUCAGGCAGACCCAGGAACUAAUCCCAUUAAGAACUGGAGGGAUAUACCGGAGGUGAAGGGUCUUCAAACACAGAGUAAUUCAGGGUAAAUAUCAAAACCAUCCAGGAGCUGCUCUCAUUGGAGGCGUCCGAGAGACUCCCCGACAGCUCUGACCUCUGUCUGGCUUCUUUGCAUGAACUUUAUGACCAAGGUAUUUCCCAAGCAAGCAAGUGAAGCAGGUCAGGAUUAAGAGGCUGGGUCUAUAACAAACAACAGUGUCAUAACGAAGUAAAGUUUUAUGUACAGAUUUAUUAACUCCCAGUCCAUAAACUACCUCCUGUUGGUUAUAUAGCCUGGGCUAGCUGGUCUCUCAGUAAAAUAAAUGGUCUAAAUGAGAGUCCAGUCAAAUAUGCAAAUACUUUAAGUCCCCACUUGAGCAGAUUUUGAUCUGUCUGACUCACACUCUGUGGGUUAAAAUGGAAGCAUCCAUCAGAAGAGGGGAGGCUGAAGUGUUGCUCACUUUUAUUGCCUCCUGGGGAGCUAUGAGCUAAAGAUUUUCCAACAGAAGAUUCUGUAGUAUUUGCCAAGUACCCCACUUACUCUCCAUGCAGCUGGGUGUUUCAUUGGUUUCCUCCUUCUCCAGGAAUGGAUUACUUUUCUCUCUGUCUUUCUUGCUCGUGUCCCCUUUUCUGGGAUCAUGACCUGUGGCUGUUGUUACAGAGACUCCAGGACAGCAGUCACAUCACGGAUUAUGGAAUGUAGCUUGUAGCCCUAACCCCAUCACUUCCCAUCCCCGCUCAGUAGCUCUCACACAAAGGUAGGAGAAUCACACUAAUCUGCUUAUCUAAUCGCUCACAGGAGUGGCACUGGCACCAAACCAAUGGCACUAGCUGAUGCUGCUCCCCAAGGCAAUGCAACAGCUGGAGUGAUUGGGGUGUUCGGGGUACAGAAGCUGCUCUUGGCCUCUCCAGGAGACAGGGUGGGGAGGAGAAGAGAAGAGAUGGGUCUUGAGCUUGUGGGGUCCUGAGAAGAAUGAGGACUGAAGCUGAGGCUGCUUGCGUAACUGGAGCUUAGGGACAGGUGGGGAGGGUGUUCCAAGGCAAAACUCUUGUCUUGUCAGAGCAGGUAGCGAAUUCUAAUGUGAGUAAAUGUGCUGGGGAGAGGAAUAUUGUACAGCCUCUUGGCUGAGUAGUUAUUUAAAGUCACCAUCCAGCCUCCUCAGCAGGAGGUUCUGUCUGGGAUUGUGUCGGAGGGCUGGUCCUGACAACACAGAGAUAUGAUGCCAAUCAAAUGAAGUAUUAAAGACUUUGGCAAUAAUAGUUGGUGCCUUUUGUUAGAAGAGUAACUGUAAAUCGUAAAGGUCUCUGCUUUUUGCUCUGUAAUUCCAGCCCUUUGCUAGAAGUGGCUUCUCAGCUGCUGCCUAGGGAUGUUUAAUGCUUUGCUGCUCUCUUGCUGUUUGAACCCUCUGCUGUGCCUGGCUGCCCUCCCCAAAACAUUAUCUGUCUUGCUCAUGAUGUUUGAAGGUGUUUUGUGCAUGUAUUUGCUCAGUGGUGUGCAGCAAACAAGCCGAGCUGGCAAGGACCAUGUUCAGGCCUGAGAUAGUAUAGAAUUAUAGACUAUCAGGGUUGGAAGGGAUCUCAGGAGGUCAUCUAAUCCAACCCGCUGCUCAAAGCAGGACCAAUCCCCAACUAAAUCAUCCCAGCCAGGGCUUUGUCAAGCCUGACCUUAAAAAUUUCUAAGGAAGGAGAUUCCACCACCUCCCUAGGUAACGCAUUCCACUGUUUCACCACCCUCCUAGUGAAAAAGUUUUUCCUAAUAUCCAACCUAAACCUCCCCCACUGCAACUUGAGACCAUUACUCCUUGUUCUGUCAUCAGCUACCACUGAGAAUAUUGUAUAGAAUAUACAAUAUAGUAUUGAGAAUAUAGUAUAUUGGCAACAUUGAGUUGUUGCAUGGUGUGCAGCUGGGAGCAUUAGGUUGUUGUGCUCCAGUGCAGGUGUAGGCAGAGACCAGAGGUGGGUGCAGGUGAGUGUAAGCCGUGAGCUGUGGGUGACCGGAUGUCCCAAUUUUACAGGGAAAGUCCCAAUAUUUGGGGCUUUGUCUUAUAUAGGUGCCUAUUACCCCCACCCUUUGUCCCGAUUUUUCACCCUUGCUAUCUGGUCACCCUAUUUCAGCCUGAGUGCUUGUGAGACUCAAGUCCCCUGCAUGCCUCGUCCCUUCCCUGCAAGAGCACAGGAUAGAAAAGGGGUGGGGCAAAACAUUGGUGCGUCUCAGGAGAUCUGGGUUAAGUACGGUCCUCUUCGUGCUAAUGAAGUGCUGAGCUGCGCACUCCCAUCGUAGGCCUCAUUCCUGACACUAGGUAGCAGUAACCUUGCAACUGUGCAGCAGUAUCUCACCUUCUUAUCUACACACUCCCUAUCCGUGGCCCCACGAAGUCACGGGACCUCCUUGUCAGUCUCCUUCUAGCCCUGGCCAAAAUGGCCAUCUACAAGACCAGGGAGAGGAGGUUGGCCAACGGGGUCUCCUGUGACGGUGGGGCCUAUUUCUGAUCCUCUGUCCGCUCAUGCAUCCAGGCGGAGUUCCUCUGGGCGGUGUCCGCUGGCUCCCUUGACACCUUCAAGGAGCAGUGGGCGCUGUCCAAGGUUUUCUGCUCGGUGUCCCUGUCAGGUUCCCUUUGUUUAGCCCUCUGACCUCACUCCUGUCCCUGUUUUAUCUUUAGUUGUCCCCCGUACUCACUUGGAAUCCUGGACCUGUGGAUACUCCCCAUAGGCUGGGGGGAGGUCCUUUAGUAGUUGGCAGGCUCUGCCCGCCCACUUCCUGGAUCCCAAUAGGAUCAAUGCAGGAUAGGGAUUCCCCACAUAUUCCCUGUCCUAUGCAGCACUGGGCACUCUGCACUUACACAUUGCUCUGAACCUCUGCUGCACAGGGACAAGUCCAAGAAAAUCCUGUUGCAAGGUGGGAAGCGCCAGUGUUCCUAAAGCUCUGAUGCCCAGAGCAGUACAAAGCGUGGUUCUCCUGCCUGGUGGUGGGGUCUGUCUUCUGGGACAGUUCCAAAAAAGAGGCUGGAUGUGGGUGUACAAACCCCUCAUGGGGCUAUUUUCAUUUGAAGCCUUGAUCUCAUGUAUUUGGGAAGUUUGCAGUAGGGUCUGUGACUGGGAUUUUAAAUUGAAUUUGGGCGUAGAGGGCUUGCAGCCUUGUAUCUGCAGCUUGGCAGCCUAGACUAGAAGAGGGUGAAGGAAUGGCAUGGGGGAGGGAGGUUGGGGGCAUGAUGCUUAAGAACCUGGUUACUUCAAAUGGGCUACAGAAUUGGAGCAAGCAACAAUUACUAAUGGUUAAAUUGUGAACUUCUGUAUUGGCCUCACAUUACAACCACACUUACGAAUGUGCGUGUCAGGAAAUGCAUAAGUUAAACUGUGGCUCCACUCUGCCAGGUGGCCUGGUGGAGGGUUCAUGGUUGUCAUGUCUUUGUCAGGGCCGUACCAAAUGUGCUCACUUUGCAACUAAAAUGUUUUUUUCUAACUGCCAGUUCAGCAAACUGCAUUUGGGCUCUUUCUUUCUCACAUGACAUCCCUAAAGAAAGGUGCUGCAGGCCCAAUACUGCGAUCCCUGUGUAACCCCACUGUGACCUAUGGGUUUGCACAGGGGUAGCAGAUUGGCCUCCUCUGUGAGAGAGUGGGAAGCUGGCAGAGUGGUUUUGGUGAGGGUCCCUCACCUUUGGGGCUCACUCCUCCACGUUUAGGAUAGACCUUAUUUAUUGACCCAGCAGAGCUUUUUUUGUUUUUCCUCUCUGGGAGGCACUGGGAGUACUCUGAUGGGAAAUGGAGUGGUUGUAUGUUAAUUGUGGGGCAAAGAGGGGUCUAUUUUUAAAAUGUGCCAGUGAGUACCUAAAGCAAAGGCCAGAUGGCUCCUUUUCAUGGAAGGAAAUUGAUUGAUUAAUUUCAAUGGAGUAAAGGGUUCAAUUGGUGAAAGGACUAGAAGCCAGCUCCUCUGAGAUAGCUGUCUUGGCUCUGCAGGGGUCAUAGGAACAUAAAGCUGAACAUGCAUGUGCAUGUGUGUGUGUGUGGUGUUUUCUGCAGUUGAAAUAAUCAGCUCUGACUCUGCUACCCACAGAGGAGAGGCUCUGUGGGGUGAGAAGGGGCCAUCUGUACUUAGUUGCUUUUCAGAGCCGAACCACACUCCUAACAGUGGUCUAUUCAAGAGCUGUACAGUGUGUCUUUACUUAUUCCAGCAAGAACUGCCUUGUGACCACACACAAAUCAUCUUCUAUUAAUGCACCUCGCCACUUACAUGGAAUGGCUUUGCAACUGGAAGCUCUUUUUCAGUGGGAGUUAAAUUGACUUAAUGACAGUGUGAAUGCUUCACCCUCCAGUAUAACUAUGCCAGUACUGUUAGUCCUUUCACUGCUAUCCCAUCCAGCAUCAAUUCACAUCUGAAGUUAGCAGUUUGUUUAGUUUUCUGUGUUCCACUGCUCUUGAGACAUUUGGACCAAAUGUCCCCUUCUCUUUAAAUGCUAUGUGCAGAUGUCCAGGGAUCUCUAUUUGUGACUUGCUUUCAUUACAAGUACAUGGUAUCUGAAGCCAUCACAAUCAUCUUGUGUUAGCGUCCCAUAGCAGUGUCAACUAGCUCAUAUUACCAUGCUGUAUUAUAGUGGGUGCAGGUCGCACCACAGUGUAUAACUGAGGCUGGCUUACAGCAUCCAUUCUAACCUUUCUUUUAUAGUUUGCUUGCACUUUGAUGUGUUGCUUUCUGAAACAAAUGCCUUUUAUGGGUAAAAUUUUCCAUGCUGGGUCUCGGCUCAGCAAUGAAAUUUUCAACAAAGAUUUUAAGCAACAUCUGUUCAGAAGUAUGUUAAGAAUUUUUUUCAUCAAACAAAAAUGCCUGCCUAGAAUUUUGAACAUGAAUGAUUCCAAAAUAGUAGAACUGAUUUUGUUCAAACUUGGCUUGUUUUGUAGAUCUCCUUGAAACUUACAAUUCAUGCCAAAUCUAAAGACUACGUGGAGUGCAUUGAAAUGUACUCUACAGCAGGUUUUGUAAAAAAUUCCAACUUUUUCUAUUGGAUGACAAAUAGCUGAUAUCAAUAGACCAUAUUUUUAAAUAUGAGCACAAGGAUGCUUCAGCUUUCAGCCACAAUUCUUUCUCAACCGUAAUGCUAGUUUUUUUCCCCCCCAUGGAACAUGGUCCUGUUGUACUUGAAAAUGCUACACGUGUAAUACAGCGUGAGUCGGCAUUGCUGUGAGGAAACAACUGUAUUUUCUGAGUUAGGGUGUUUAAAGGUCCUGCUUUCCUGAUGUAGCUAUUUGGCAGGCUUGGUUGAAGCAUGGUUCUAUCUUGCAGUGAGAUGACACCUUCACUGUGUCCUCAGUGGCACUGGAACCCUGUUAAGGUCCCAUUUACACUGCAUGAUAGAACCUUGUUUUGGCUGCUUGUCGGUGACAACUUUGUGUUUUAUUGUGCGUGCAUGUGUCUGGGUGUGGUGGUAUUUCUGACAGUGUGCUGAUGUCUAGCCAAAAUCCUCUUAGCUCUGGUGAGGUGCCCUGACUCAGGGUUGAGAUACUUGCUUAGUGGAAAGCUUGGAUUCCAUCAUCUCCCUGGCUCACCAGGGCCUCACAACUUCAGCUAACUAUCUAGUUCUAGUGAAAUAUUGCAGCUAGCAAAACUCCUUGAAUUUUACUGGGCAAGGACAGGGCAUGGGAAGAAUAUUCCCAAGCACGUUCUCUCCCUCUUGCCACUCCCUGGAGAUCACAUGCCUCUUUGCUCUGCUGACCUUUCAUGUUAGCAAUGUGGCAAGUAGCCAGCAUCCCCUGCCCCAAAUCUCUGCGCAGGCAGUUUCCACACCUCAUUCCCAGUGGCGGUGUCUCCAUCUAUCCCCACUGCAUGUGCCUGCUUGUGUGCGUUGCCUUUUCCCUUUCCCAAGAUUGUGUAGCCAUGUGUGUGUUUGCAGGUUUACUAACCCUUUGUUCCUAUAGCUCAAGAAGAGGUGAAAGGUAAGUGGGGAUGAAGCUGUGAUGGGUUUGGUUUCAGACUCUACUGGCUCCGUGUUCAUUUAAAGCCACAGUUCAAAAUCACCAAUGGCCUCCCUGACCAAGCUCCCAGAGCUCGACUCUGCUGCCCUCCCAGCAUAUCUGAUUUUGGCCUCUUCUCUCCCUGCCAACACUCUUCCCACUGCUGGUGAGAGAGCCUUCCCCUCUGCAGUUUCUGCUGUCUGGAAAAGCAUCCUUCCAUCCCUCUGACUUGCUGAAGCUCUCCUGAUCUGUCUCCUCCCCUUGAGCUAUUAUUUAACACUGUAAAAGCUUCUGGGCUGCAGUUUGUAUGAAAGAUACUACACAAAAUAAAGCUAUGUUUGUAUCUCUUGCUUCUAAGCUGCCUGGUUUUCUCUUGAACUGUGGGGAGAUGCGAACCUCUUUCCUGUGUGUUUCUGACCAUGGCUCCUGGCUUGGACUUGUCUCACGCCACAGGAAGAUAACUGCUUAGCGCUACCACACUCUGCCUGUACCUGCUGUGUCCUGAGGCCACCAAGGUCUCUUUGGUUUGUUUCUGCUUCAGGGAGCCCUAUAGAGCCUGCCUUAAAUAGUGCAGAGGGAGGUGCCUAGAAGGAAAUCCUGGGAUCUCUUACUGGCAGGGCUGUGGUAAAGGGCUUAUGGAGCAGCUGCCUUUCUGACUUCUGAAUGGGGAGGAGCUGGGUUCCACUUUUGCCUCUAGGUCUAAUAUGCUGGCCUAGCAGACACACCUAUUUGGGGAGAGAAGGGAGGGCCCAGACCCAUAUGCCUCUCUAAAGGGCAGCAGCCUACAAUACCUGCCUGUCUCUCUUCCCCUGAGCACUCCAGACAAACAAUGAAAGAAGAGACAUCCUUUCAGACAGGCCCAGGAGGGUUCUCCAGGCUAAAGUCCUGUCCAGCGCUUGUGGGAUGUUGAAGUGUUUGGUGUACUUGGGUAAGACGACGCAGCAGUGGCUCCAUGCAGCACUUUACCCUGCAAGCCAGGCCUAGGUUAGGAGUACCUCCUCUGAAGCAGGGUAAGCUCUAUGGCAGGAAGCUUUGUUCCAGGGACUGUGCAUAGUGCUGAAUGCCAGUCUGUUGAACAGUGCCCCUUCUCUUGGGUUCUGUUCUCUGUCCGGAGCACAGGCCCAUUAAAGACACCACUCCCAGCCAGUCAAAUUCAGUGAGUUGCCUUAUGUGACAAUGGCAGUUAAGUUAUCUCGUUGUAACUGAAGGGCUGACACCAGGAGCACAGGCAGCAGCAAGGGCCACAGCAGUAAGGAGAGGUGCGUACCCUUCUGUUACAACAACCCUGAAAAGUCAGGGUGGCAUAGGAAGACACUGCUGCUGGGGGGGCAGGAUUUUCCUUUAGGCCUGUGUGGGGUUGUCUUAUAAGGGCUGAGUUCUGGCUCUCCCAGUCGUUCCCUAGGGAAAUAGGAACGUAAGACUGGAAAGGACCUCCUGGGUCAAAUCCAGUCCCCUGCUAUUGCAACCCUGUCAUACAAUCCCAUUCCUAAAUUUAUAAAGCUCUAUUUAUUGGGUGGUUUGUCCCCAGCACCCCUUCCAUCUCAUGGCCAGGGAGCUUUUCUAAUUAAUCAGCCUAAAUUUUUCUUCUAAAAGGCUUAAUAUAGUUGUUUUCUUUCUUCUGAUGAAUCAACAUAGUAUUUAAGCGCUGAGACGGGCUGGAGGUGCUAGCCCUGAGGCCUGAAUGGGGGUAGGGUGGGGAGAGGGCAAGCAAUGUGAGCACUCAGCUUUGAGUUGGGCAGGGGGAGACCAGGGCACCAGGGCUGAAGUUCCUGUCCUGUUUAAAUACACCAGGAUGCACCAUAUGCCGCUUCUCCCCCACCACAGGGUGCAUUUUGCCUCCCUUCCCCCCAAGUGCUGCGCUGCACUGCACUUCCCCACUUGGAAGCUCCAUUUGCAGUGGAGGUGGAGUCUUUUCUCUGAGCUGGCUUUGUGGGGCAAGACCCAGGUCCACAGAGCUGCCAUGACUAUGUAUUUACAAUAGCCCAGGGGGCUGCUCAAGAGGAAAGGGGCCCCUGCUCUGCCUGUUCCAACACCCCUCACCUGAGCAGUGGAGCUGUCUGGGAUGAGGGAGCUGGUGCAAUCUUAGCUGAGCUCUAAAGAGGAUGGUCUUAGCUAUUGUUCCUUGGGGCCUCUCCUUUCCUCUGCAGAUGUCUGACCCUCAUGCAUGAUUUGUUGAGGAUCUCAGGAGUAUCCCAGCCUUUGGGCUCCAAGGCCUGUACUGAAACCCAGCCCUAGCCACCUGGUGCUCUAACCAUACCCCUUUUCUCUGAUUUUGCAGAAAGCGCUGGAAGAGGUGCCUGGGGACAACAUUGCUCCUGUGGUCCUUGAUGAAUCAAAGUUGUGAAGGGGUGGCAGAGCUGGGAGACACUGCCUACCAACCCCCCCUUCCCAUCUUUGUCACUUGCAGUAUCCUUCUGGUUCCCGCACAGCAUGGCAUUGGGGGCAGCAUCAGGGCCGGAGUCCAGAAAGCUGCUCAUGGAGCCAUCGGAAGGAACAGAUCAGCCAGGGUUUCUCUCAUCAGUCUGCUUUCCCCUCUGUGUCCUGCUGUGGGAGAACCUAUUGCUCAGCAGGAAAGCUUCAGUGGAGCCCCGAGCCCCGAAUCUGUUUGCUUGGGGCUCAGAGGAGCAGGGGCUGUGAGUCCAACACAGUACUCAGUAUUUGGAGCCCAUGGUGGCAUUCCACGGUGGCCCUCUCCCCUUCCAGAGAAGCUGUACGGUGGGUAGCCAAGUGCAUCCUCUGAAGGAACCUCUUGGUGGAGAGAGAACUAGAUAGCACUGGCUUUGUGUCCAGCCCUGCUCUGAGUUGUGACCCUUGCUCUGGAAGUGAUGGGUCUGCCCUGUAUUCAUAGUGACUGGAGCAGGUUCACCUGGCCAUAGCGUGGGGGGAUGGCUCAGGCCCUCACGCUUCCCCAGGCUCUGCAAAGCAUGUGACAACUGUGGUGUUCCCAUUUUUGUACAGGGACCUCCUAGCCCAGCAGAUUUUUAGUCUGUGGACUUAUGUGAUUUUCUAUUUUAAUCAAACUUCCCUGAUGGUUUUUGAAAUUUUUUAGAGUAAAAAUUUGUAAGAGGACUGGGGAAGCACCAAUAUGUGCCCUGGCCAGAGCCCAACUGUCAGUCACAUCGUUUGAGGCCAGGGCCUGGUGCUGGGGCAUGUGUACAAAGUGCACCGGGGUCUAGCCCACCUUAUAGUUGACACCAGCCUUCAGGGCUACCGUGACAACACUACUGAGUUAGACUGUGAGCUCCUUUGGCCAGGAACCCUAUCCUCUUCCUUGGCUGGAAAGCACUUUACACAAGCACAAGGUUGGUGCUAUAAAAAUAAUACACAUUUUGUGGGAGCCCUCUGCUGGUACAGACAGGAGGAGCUGUGCUCCUGCUUCCCCUCCUCUUACUCAACUAGCUUUGGGAGGCAGGCUCAGGUUGCUUUAGCACAGGGCAUCCCAAACUUUUUUUCAUAAUUCGGAAUCACAUCACCUGAGUAUCUUGUGGAUACUUUCCCUCCCACUCACCAUCAACCCCACCAGUUGCUGUUGCCUGCUCUUCCACUCAUGAGCACUGACCUCAUCUCUCUUCCCAGCUGCAAUCAUGUAGUUUGCCUCCCUUUUAUUAUCAAUGCCGCCCCCCUCCUCCCAUUGGGUGAGAGCCACCUAGCAAUUUCCACAGUCAGUCACAUGACAAAGAUUAGGAAAACAGUGAUAGGUAUUUUGAAGUGUCCUGAAAAAGUUAAUCAUGCUCGCUGCCUUUGCUCUCCAUUUUAUCUCCCCUCCCAUCUGUUUUGUUCCUCUGCCCCUUUCCCUAGCUGCACGUUUCCCAGCCACCUAGUCCUUUGGUUCCCCUGCUCCCCUCAAUAUAUUUCUUUGGGCAUCCUAUCUUGCUGGUGGCUGGCAGCUCCAGGCCCCUGGCUCGGUGGAAGCAGUUCCUGUUUCCUCUCCUUCGCAGUAGCUGUAGCCUCUAGAAGCAGCAGUUAGGCUGGCACCUCCUCAUGUCCAUCUGCUUCUGCAGGCCUCCAGGUGCCUCUGUUCAAUAAAGAGCCUGGACACUUGCUGAAGUCACUGGAAACAAGGAGAGCUGUCACCACAAGACCUGUCAUCUUUCUGGACCACCAGAAAGUGCUGUGCAGGCUGUAGUUUUGGAGCCAUUAGACUGAUACUCAAUAACGCAGAGUCUGCCCCUGGACCAGUGUUGUCUUCCCUCUAUCUCUAAGUGGCCUUCUUCCACCAGUUACCUUGAUUUAUUGUAAUACAAUUUUGGGGAUUGUUGAAGUGACUCAAGCCUGUGUGAUCUCAAAAGGCCUUGGGAAAGUGUUCACUGGAUUCCUUGUAUUUUUAAAUAUAAUUUGUAUUUAAUAGUUAUAUUGGU